AUGGCCUCCAAGAUUGUCAAGCCUCAGGGCCAAACUGCCGACGAGUUCGAGCUGCAAGUGGCUCAGGAGCUCUUCAACCUUGAGCAGUCCGCUGCCGAGAUCAAGAACGACCUGAAGGACCUGCACAUCACCGCCGCUAAACAGGUGGACAUUUCGUCAGGCCGCAAGGCUAUUGUGAUCUUUGUGCCCUACCGUCUUCACGCUUCUUUCAAGAAGAUCCAGGCCCGCCUUGUGCGUGAGCUGGAGAAGAAGUUUUCUGGCCGUCACGUCGUGAUCAUUGCCCAGCGCACGAUUCUGGGCAAGGGCUACUCUCGCGCCAACCACGGCGCAGGCCCGCGCCCUCGCUCUCGUACGCUCACCCACGUGCAGGAGCAGAUCCUUGACGACCUCGUGUAUCCCACGGAAAUUGUCGGAAAGCGCACGCGCUGCCGUCUUGACGGCACGAAGCUACUUAAGGUGCACCUGGACCCCAAGGAUCAGGUCAACGUGGAGACUAAGCUCGACACGUUCGCUACCGUGUACAAGAAGCUUACAAACAAAGACGUUGUGUUUGAGUUCCCUGUGCUGGAGUAA